GAGAUCUUUUUUGCCCAGUAAUUUAAACCAGCACAGCUUGUUACCUACUGUUAAAACGGCCGAGGCAAAACAAAAAAAACACAACUAGAGGACACGCAGCGUGGACUUUUCACCCAUUUAUUUAACAACAUUAAUAAGGGCAACAGUUUUAAUGUAAGGGAGAGGGAACUGCGACUUUUCGUGGGUAGCAGCAGUUUUAUGUGUGUUGUUAACAAGAUGCCGUCGCGAGUUGCAGACUACCAGGUGCUGAACACCAUAGGUUCUGGUUCUUACGGAAAAUGCCAGAAAAUAAGACGGAGAUCCGACGGGAAAGUUCUGGUUUGGAAGGAGUUGGACUAUGGCACAAUGGCUGAAAGUGAGAAGCAGAUGCUGGUGUCAGAGGUCAACCUCCUCCGGGAGCUGAAGCACCCCAACAUUGUGAGAUACUAUGACCGCAUCAUUGACCGCACCAACACCACCCUCUACAUCGUCAUGGAGUACUGCCAGGGUGGAGACCUGGCCAGCCUCAUCGCCCAGUGCGUCAGGGAGAGACGUUAUUUGGAGGAGAGGUUCAUCCUGCGGGUCACGGCUCAGCUGAUGCUGGCGCUGAAAGAGUGCCACAGGCGCAGCGACAACAGGCCCACCGUCCUCCACCGGGACUUGAAACCGGCCAACAUCUUCCUGGACGUGAAGCAGAACGUGAAGCUUGGCGACUUCGGCCUUGCCCGGAUCCUCAACCACGACACAAGUUUUGCCAAGACGUUUGUCGGGACGCCUUACUACAUGUCUCCUGAGCAAAUGAACCAGAUGUCGUACAAUGAAAAGUCUGACAUUUGGUCUCUGGGCUGUUUGCUGUACGAGCUGUGCGCACUAUCGCCGCCCUUCACAGCCUACAACCAAAAGGAGCUGGCAGUCAAAAUCCGAGUGGGGAAAUUUUGCAGAAUCCCGUUUCGAUAUUCCGAAGAAUUAAACACCCUGCUCAAGAAAAUGCUCAACUUGAAGGACUAUCUGAGGCCGUCUGUGGAGGACAUCCUCGAGAGCAGCCUGCUGGCAGAGGCGGUCAGUGAAGAGCACAGGAAGCAGGAGCAUCAGCGGAGGAAGUCGUCGGACUCUGACUGUCCUCCCGAAAAGGCGGCAGAUGCGUCCCCGCCGUCCGUCAAAGCAGAGGCGGACAUCCGGCUUAGAGAGCAAGCGCUAAAGGAGCGAGAAAAGGCGCUGAAGGAACGCGAGAAGAUGCUGGAGCAAAGAGAGCGUGAGAUGUGUGUUCGUGAGCGGCUGGCAGAUGAGAAGCUGUUGAGGGCAGAGAGUUUGCUGAGGAAUUUUAAUCUGCACCACAAGAAGGCACAGACCCCGCUUUAUGGCCAAGACCUAGGUGUGUGGGAGGUGGACUCGCCCGGCAAGAAGAAGGUCCACUUUGCCGGGGCCAGCAAGGAGAACAAACAGCUGCUUGGCUCUCUGACAGAGACCCCACAGGAGGACGUUUAUGGCCGACACGCUCAGAUCCUGAACGAAGUGGACAGAGCCUGUCAGCUCCUUGGCUUCCGCAUCUGACAGCUUUUACAGGUGUAAAUAGUUCUACCAGGGCUCCACCACUGUGUGUACAUUAAGCUCGUUCUAUGUGUGUUAUUUAUACAUUUUGAAUAGUAGUGCUAGUGAUCAGCUGUAGAUACAAUGUGAGUGUGAUAGUAGUGAAUCAAAGGAUACAUUAAUCAAACAUCUGUGUUGGCACUGUGAUGAGGUGGCGAAUUUUCCAGGGUGUACCACGCCUUCCGCCCAAAUGCAGCUGUGAAAGGGUCCAGUGACCCCAAAAUAGAUGAGCGGUAGAAAAUGGAUGGAUGGUACCAAAGAUGUCCACAAGAUGGAGCUAAUUUACCGCAAUUGUGAUUGCAUUCAAAAGUCCUGCUGGCCAGAUUGGAGUAGCAGUGUACCACAGUUGUCUGGAUCAGAACCAGCUAUUGACUAUUUGAAUAAAUACAGCUGGAAAGUUUUA